CACAAUUCCAUAAACCCCUUUUAAUACUCUCUCUACUCCUAUUUCUCUCUCUCUAACUCUUUCUUUAUUGACAUAAGACCUCAAGAAGACAAUGAGAGUGUUAUUGAUCCUUUGUUUGAGUUUGAGAUGAAGUAAUAGCUUUGGUAAUGGUGAGAGUUUGAGAAGAUUAUAAAAACAAAGUUUUUUUUUUGUCUUUUGUGCACUUUUUUUAACUUCUUUUAUAUCAAGAACACGUCUUGGGGUUUGAUGGGAGGAGAGUUCGUGUUGAGGAAACCCAGAAACGGCAUUAAAUGCCGUCGUUUCGAUCGAUGCAAUACAAUGAGACAAACAGAAACAGAGUUGUUCUCAGAAGAAACAAGAGAAAGAAGACGAGGAAGAAGAAGAAGAAGAAUAAACGGAAGCUUCUUCUUAGAUAUGAUCAUUUUCUUUCGUCCUUGUUACUUCAACUUUCUCUUCCUCUCUCUCUUUCUUUUGUCUUCUUCUUCUUUUUCCUCUACUUUGUCUUCGGAAACAGAGAAUUUCUCACCGAGAAACCAAACUCUCCGGCCACUCGAGGAGCUUAACAAGCUCAAAGCCAUUAAUCAGCAUCUCAGGAAGAUCAAUAAACCUUCCGUCAAGACUAUUCAUAGUUCUGAUGGUGACAUUAUAGAUUGUGUUUUAUCACAUCAGCAACCAGCAUUUGAUCAUCCCAGAUUAAGAGGACAGAAGCCACUGGAUCCCCCUGAGAGGCCAAGAGGGCAUAAUAACAGAGGACUGAGACCAAAGAGCUUUCAGUUAUGGAGAAUGGAGGGGGAAACAUGUCCUGAAGGAACAGUCCCUAUCAGAAGAACAAAACAAGAAGACAUUCUCAGAGCAAACUCUGUUUCUGCCUUUGGCAAGAAACUCAGACAUUUUAGAAGAGACACCAGCAGCAAUGGCCAUGAACACGCGGUGGGAUACGUGAGCGGAGAGAAAUACUUUGGAGCAAAAGCGAGCAUAAAUGUAUGGGCUCCACAGGUGCAAAACCAAUACGAGUUUAGUUUAUCUCAGAUUUGGAUAAUCUCUGGUUCUUUCGGUAAUGAUCUCAACACCAUUGAAGCUGGCUGGCAGGUGAGUCCGGAGCUCUACGGAGAUAAUUACCCAAGAUUCUUUACUUACUGGACUAACGAUGCAUAUCAAGCAACUGGCUGCUACAAUCUCUUGUGUUCCGGUUUUGUCCAAACCAACAGUCAAGUUGCGAUUGGAGCUGCAAUCUCUCCUUCAUCUUCAUUCAAAGGUGGACAGUUCGAUAUUACUCUCCUAAUUUGGAAGGAUCCGAAGCACGGGAACUGGUGGCUGGAAUUCGGGUCGGGUAUUCUAGUUGGGUAUUGGCCAUCUUUCUUGUUUACACACUUGAGGGAGCACGCGAGCAUGGUCCAAUACGGUGGCGAAGUUGUAAAUUCAAGCCCAUUUGGGGCCCACACUUCGACACAGAUGGGGAGUGGACAUUUUGCAGAGGAAGGGUUCACAAAAUCUUCUUAUUUCAGAAACAUCCAAGUAGUUGAUUGGGAUAACAAUUUGGUCCCUUCUCCAAACCUUCGAGUACUCGCAGAUCAUCCAAAUUGUUAUGAUAUUCAAGGUGGAUCUAAUAAGGCUUGGGGUAAUUAUUUUUAUUACGGAGGGCCAGGAAAAAAUCCUAAAUGUCCUUAGAAUUAUAAAUGUAAUUAGGUUUAGGGAUUUAAUUUUGAGAAAAAGUGAAAAUUCAUAUAUUAUGGUCAUUUAUAAUUUUGAGUAGUGUUCAUUUAUGUAUAAAUGUGAAAACACAUUGGAUGAAAUAUAAAAACUAUAUUAAA